GCGCGCGCGCGACAAGCGAGCUUGCGUGCGUGUUUUGCCUAUUGUUUUGGGUCUGAGAUUUAGAUAGAAACUAGUUACAUAGAGGCAGAUUUCUAUAGACAUUUUGAACUUACAAGUUAUGAAAGAUAAUAAUCGAACAGUUGAUAACAUAAAUCAUAUACUUUUUAAAUGAAAUUUGCCAGUCAGAAUACAAUCUUCAUGAAACGCAAUACAAUCAGAAAAUCAUCAACACAACCCCGAAUUUAAGGGCAUUUUUAUUCAAGUCUCCUUCGCGAUUUUCCUUAAUGUAAAUUGGAAAUUAGAUUGAAAAAAACCCACAAUGCAUGCUGCUGUUGAUAAUUCUUCAGAUACACAAGAAAGACUGUAUAAGAUGCUGGAGAAACUGCAGGCUUUAGCUCGAGAAAUUCCACCGAAGUACCAACAACGUCUACCAUACGAUUUACUCUCCUCUUUGGCCCAUGUGUUACUCGACAAUACAGUGUUCGAGAUAGUGAGGGAGCUGGCAGAACUUCAGCACAUGACGGAGAAAAGUUUACACCAGCAACGCACGCAGUUGAUGCACAAACACAAGACCGAUCGGGAAUUACUGAUAAAAUCCCAUAAGGAUGAAAUCCAAGCAGCAGAGUGCCAGGGAAAGACCCACGUUGCCUCUCGCCUGCCACGGUUACACCAGGAACAGUUGGCGCAACUAGAUGCCCGUCAUGCACAGGAGAUAUCCACCAUGCACGUCCAGAUUCUUCAGUUGUUGGAUCAGAAGGUAACAGAGCAACAGUCAACAUUACAGCAGGUUGGUGUACCAGGAUUUCAUGAAACAGAAAACCCAGUUGAAAUUAAGAUCCAGAUGUAUAUAAUGGACUUUAUAGUUAAAAUUGGGGGCAUUAAGGUACCCUGAUAGUUGUUGUCAAAUAGUCUUAGUAUUUUCUGCAACAGGAGUGCAGUUUGGAUAUUAUAUGUUAUUUAAUAUUGUUAACUAUAUUGACAAUUUAAAGUAUAUGGAUUAUUAAAUGUUAUUUUUACUACUA